AUGGCCGCCAACGGUCACUACCUUCACCAGUCCCUACCGUCCCAUUCCAUCCCUCUACGCCAGUCUUAUUUCGAUGGUUCCGAUCCGCCAAGGGCGGCGCCGCACGACAACGUCCCGUACUCCAAAGGCGUGUCCCGCUUGCCCAUACUCUCCGCGCCUUUUUGCUCGCAAUACGAACCCAACCCUCCGUCGCAGGCAUGUCAUACUCCGCAGACGUACGAUGUGCCGCAGGAGGAACAGCUGGAAGCUAAGCCUUCGCCGCAAUCCACGUCCGCGCCUGCGCCCCUGGCACAAUCAGGGGCUCCUCUGAAAAUCGACUUUGCGAAGACAUAUCAUCCCGGAGACUGCGAUCACGCCGUCCAUGAGCGAACGACGGAUAUGCUUGGGUUGCAAUGCGACGUCUACAUCCCAAUGGCGCCGUGGACCAAUGGGCCCGGGUACGCUGUGCAAUGCAUGUGGGAUUUUCUAUGGGAAAAUGUGUUUUCCUGGGGUAUCCUUGGUGGCCAUGCGCUUGCAUAA